AUGCCGCGUCUGGUGCGAAAGAAGCCACUCUCUGAGCGCCUGAAGGCCAUGCUGAACCCCAUGGACUUCUUGCUUUGGCUGUCGGAAGAACUGGAGACAAGAGAUUGGGAUUCGAAAGCACUGGGGACACAGCUCGGGCUCGGCUGCAACUUUGUGUUCCUUCUCGCUAGAGCUAAUUGCGUAGCAUCGGAGAUUGAGGAUGAUGUGUUCAGCGAUGGAAGUUCCGGGAGCAUCGUCGCCUUCAUUGUGCGGCCUCUUGUUUGGAUGCUUGGCCUCCUAUCCGUCGCCAACGCCUUCUAUGUCAUGACGAGGACAAGGCAGUACCGAUUAUUUCAAGUCAACGUCGAAGACAAACCACACACCCCGUCAGCCCAGCGAGUCAAAGCAAGGUCCGAUCCGGCCGUCUCUUCGCCCCUCCGACUGUUGAACAACCUCUUGUCCUCCGAGACUGCUGAGUCGCGAGCUCAUCCCGACAGAUCACACGAUGUUUGGGAGUUGAGCGUCUGGGACCCUCUUCCGGUCUCCUUGCAGCUUUUCUGCCUCUUCAGCCCUGGCCACGUCCUCGUCUACAUGAUGUUCCUCCCUCUGGUCCCCUUGGAUCCCAGACCCAGUGUUACAAUCUUCAACUGCAUCGUGUUGCAACUCAUUCUUUCUGUUCAGCUGGUCUUCGUCCAAACUCGGUAUGCUCAGCAGAUCAAAGAUACGGCCAUCAUCCACAAGGAAGUCCUCCACGAGUACGACACCAAGUUCGUGCGGCCGCGCCUUCACCCAGUUGUUCGCGAUGUCGGUACGCAGUGUUCCCCCGAAGAAGCUGAGGAUGAGGAGUCCUUCGUUGAACUUGGAACGCCUACAACGGUUAUAAAGAAGGAGUUCGUGGUUACGCCCAAUCCUCACGUGAAGCAGGAGGACCCAGUCCACACUCCUCCAAUUAGCAGCUUCGCCUCUCGUCUCUUUACGCCAACCUCGAACCGGCGGUCCGAGUCUUACACACCAGUGCCCAGUACUCGUUCGGUCCGUCAAAGCCUUCCUCCAGCACCUAUGUACCAGUCCACUUCAACAUCCACCGCAAACGCUGGAGCAACAAGCUUUGGCGGGAAUUUGGGUGUAUUCAACCACGCGAACUCGCCGCUCAAGAAGACGUCUAGUCUCAAUGAGAUGAAUCAGGGCUUCAUGUCGCCCCGGAAUUCGAGAGAAAUGGCUGCUCGGGAACAGCGUCGGGGAAGCCCGCUGAAGCAGUCAGAGACUAGGAGGUCGACUGGUUCAGAUGCCCUUGACCACACGGGUGCUCCGGAUUACAACCCAUUUGCCAGCGCGAGGAGAAACAGAAGUGCUCAACAAGGGGAACGGUACCCCUCCAGGUGGUCGGGCUUUCAUUGA